AAAGUAACGACGGCGGCGAGGAAAGAGCUAGCCCGGUACAGGACACAGAUCGAGUCGACCGGAAGAAGCUCUAUGGCGGCGAUGGCCCUUGCAGCGUCAUCUCCAGCAAAUGCUCUCAGCUGGCCUCGCCCUCCUUCCGCCGCUCAACGGGCCACCCUCUUCCUCCUCCCGCCGCCGCCUCGCCGUUGCUUCUCGUCGCAACCCCUCCAUCUUCCCUCCUCCCAUUCACAAGAAGCUCGCCCUCUAUCGUCGCUGCGGGUAAGAGCAUCCUCUUCCGAAGACUCAUCCAGCGUCGUAGGGGACGAUCUUCUUGCCGAUUUGAAGGAAAAAUGGGAUGCCCUGGAGAACAAAUCCACCGUGCUCUUAUACGGAGGAGGCGCGCUCGUUGCGCUCUGGCUAUCUUCCAUCCUUGUCGGUGCCGUCAACUCUGUUCCCCUGCUUCCAAAGAUCAUGGAGUUAGUAGGGCUUGGCUAUACUGGUUGGUUUGUAUAUCGUUACCUACUUUUCAAGGAAAGCAGAAAAGAACUAGCAAAUGACAUUGAUGUUUUGAAGAAGAAGGUUGCUGGAACAGAGUAAUUUAUAGGUCAGGAGGCAACAGAGUAGUUCGAUUGAAGUGUACGAGAUCGACUACAAUUGUGCGCUCAUUAAUAUUUAUGAUUUUGAAUUUUCUGCGUAAUGCUAGCAGUGAAUAUAAAUUUAAUUCAAAUAUAAAAGUUGCGUGCGUCCGAUUUCUGUGUCAA